CCCCAUUCGGUGAAGUGGACUGAACUGGCGCAACGUCUGUGUUGUUUUCAAGUGGACCAGGCAGGAGUACUUGCCAGGCGGCUAUUGCUCAUUUAGAUUUGUUUACCCUUCGGAGCUCAACUGUUUCGGAUUACUUUGAAAUUUUGUGGAAUAUUAGAUAGAAAAAAAAUUACUUAACUUAUAUAGUGAUUUCAAAAACUGGAUGCCAUAGUAAAAUUAGCAUUGCUAUCGUUUUGAUAAUGUUUCAGUUAUAGUUUUUGUUUAGUCUAAUUUGGUUUACAUGAUGCCUACUACAAUGUCACUUGAAAAUAUGGUCAACAUUUGGCCAUGCCAACGAAGUACUUGGUUUUGUUCUCGAAAACGCUUGGCAAAACAUGGCAAUGUUUUCUUUGUUUGUCUUUUCUUGGCGUUCGGCACUUUGUGUAAAACAGUAGAAGCUCAAGCAGAUAAUGACCAAGAGUCCACGUGGUCAGGGAGCUACACUGACUCCACUGUCAUCAAAGAGUAUGCCAGUUCUGUGGAGUCUACUAACGAAUUUAGUAGCACAAACACAGCGGCUUUUUCUGUGUCAAUAGAUGGGAAAAUGACACGAAAUAAUUUCUUGACUUCUUCAGAAUCACCAACAACUACUUUGAAAAGCUCCAAUCUUUUGUCUAACAACAUUACGUCUCUCGCCACAACAACGUCAGAUUUAUCAAAGAUGACAGAUGCAACACCAACUAAACUUUCGCCCGACUCGGUCACCGCUGAAACAUACAGUGAUCUCCAGAAAACGACUACAAAUACUGGACCUACCGCAGACAUUGAUGACAUUUUAGGACCAGUGACUGGAUUUUUCGACGUGUCUAACACAUCCGAAGACACAGAGAACCCAACCACGCCUGAGGAGCCUCCACCUGUAACAUCAGCGGAGCCAACAGCGCUGAGUGAAGGCUUUUGUUAUCAGAAUAUUUCACGUAUCUAUAAAACAGGAUGUGUUCAAUGCUCCGAAAAGCCUUGUGGGAGCGGUUAUGUCAUAGGAACUGAUCCUUGUCAAGAUGUGGAUUUUGAAUGCAGUUAUGAAUGUCGAGUGCAGACGACUGUGAUACAGUGUUGUGAUGGCUACGUAGGCAGCGGUUGUGAAGCUUGUCCAGGAGGCUCUUCCAACCCAUGCAAUGGCAAUGGAAAGUGUCAGGAAGGCUAUCCAAUGUGCAGAUGUGAUCCAGGUUUCGCAGGUACUGCUUGUGAGUUAUGCAAUGAUACUCGGUAUGGUGAUGAUUGUUCUCAAGAGUGUGCUUGUGUAAACGGUGUGUGCAGUAAUGGACGCCAAGGUGAUGGCUCAUGUUCCUGCUACUCUGGAUACAAAGGGGCAAAAUGUGAUGAAAAAUUGCUGACUUGUGAUGAUUUGCAAUGCAUGAAAAAGAGCUCUGUUCAUUCCCGAUGUAUUGAAGUCGAUGGCAUUGCUGCAUGUGACUGUGAUAUAGGUUAUAGAUAUAAUGCCUCUCUAACAGACUGUGUAGCUAUUAAUCCCUGUGAGAAUCCUAAAUCACCUUGUGGAUUAAAUAGUGUUUGUAUGAUGGUCUCACCUGGAAGACACACCUGUACCUGUGAACAAGACUUUACUGGGGAUGGCAUUGUGUGUAUGCCUAUCAAUCCCUGUGAUGUAACUGUGGGCAUAUGUGGUGAAAAUACCAGGUGCUCAAUGAUUGGGCCAAAUAAACAUAUAUGUCAUUGUAAUAUUGGCUGGAAGUACACUCCAGGUGUUGGAUGUAGCCUCAUUAAUGUAUGUUCAUCCAAGUCAUGUCCAAAGAAUGCCAUAUGUGAGACUUACGAGCCCUAUACUUUUAGGUGUAUGUGUAAAGAAGGCUUCAUUAGCAGAAAUAAAGUCUGUAUAGGAAAUAUUUACCAAGCAGUAUUAGAUCUUAACAAAGAUGGUGAAUAUGCAAAAUCUUUGGACUAUAGUAUUCAAAUGAUUAGAAACUUCUACUAUGAGCCUUUACAGAACCGUGGUCCAUUUACAAUAUUUUUGCCAACAGAUAAAGCAUUCAGAGAAGUUUCCAGACAGUUUGGAGGCUUUGAGAAAUUCUUGCAGAAUGUUGAUAGGGCACGACAAAUUCUCAGGCAGCACAUAAUAAUUGGCAAAUCGAGAGCAGAAAGUCUGAACAGGGAUAAAGUAUACACACUUCAGGGCAUUGUUGCUGAGAUUAAGAAUACAAGAAAUGGUAUGCGAUAUAAACUGGGAUCCUAUGCUGAAACAGCCAAAAUUCUUAAGAAGAAUAUUGAAGCCAGUAAUGGCAUGAUUCAUAUUGUCAACAGAUUUUUAACUUUUAAUCCAAAAAUCUUGGGAAACACUCAGAAAACAGCUAUGGAACUCAUUAGUCAGGAAGAAGAGUAUGACAAGUUUGAAAUGUUGAUUAAUGCUUUGAACAUGUCAGAAGAAUUUAACAAAGAAAACAUCACAAUUUUUGCACCUUCCAAUGCUGCUUGGAACACAUUACCUAAUGGAGGCCUUCAAUACUUGAUGGAAGAUGAAAAUGGUCAACAGAAACUCAGAGCAAUAUUGAGAAAUCAUAUAUUCCCUGGAUAUGUGGAUGUGGUGGAUCUCAUCCAGAAAUCAUCUCUUCAAUCACUUCAAGGUGUCACACUGAAGGUUAAAAUCACAGAGCAGAGUCAGAUAGUAUUGAACGACAAUGCUGGUAUUACACAAGUGGACAUUCCUUGCAAGGGGAAUGUUUACUACUAUCACAUUGAAGGGCUGCUGGUACCCGAAUAUAUUAAAGUAGUCCAUAACACGUGUCCUAUACCAACGACCAUUAAAGUCAAGGGCAAGUGUCAAUCAACAUGUGAGGGCAUAGGUCAAUGUCCUAUGGAAUCUGACACACCAAUACCAGGUGAACUUGAUAGCUGUAUACAGUAUCCUCUCUUUGGACCCAGCGCUCAAUUCCCACUGCCUAGAAAAACAGGGUGUACACAAGUUUGCAACAGAACUCUUACGAUUCCUAAAUGUUGUGAAGGAUUUUUUGGUUCGCUGUGCCUACCAUGUCCUGGAGGCUUUCAUAAACCUUGUAAUGGAAAUGGCCAGUGUUUGGAUUCAAUAUCAGGAAAUGGACGCUGCUUGUGCUCACCAGGUUUCAUGGGAACCGCUUGUGAAAUGUGCAGUCAGCAAAAGGUUUUUGGACCAUACUGCAAUCAAACCUGCUCUUGUUUGCAUGGAGAGUGUGAUGAUGGUCCUAAAGGUUCAGGCAAAUGUAGGAAAGACUCUUGUCAAUUUGGUUUCUUAGGGGAGAAUUGUGAAAGAAAGUUGCUUCAAUGUGGAUCAGAAGUCAUGCUUUGUCACAGUCACUCAGAAUGCUAUAAAGAUGAACAAAAUAACUACAGAUGUCAGUGUUCACCUGGUUAUGAAGGCAAUGGCUUGACCUGUACAGAGAAAAAUCGUUGUCUGGUUGAUAAUGGUGGAUGCCAUUCUCAGGCUAAGUGCACAAAACUUGGACCAGGCUCUAGCAGAUGUGAUUGCAAUCCAGGCUGGACUGGAGAUGGCUACUCAUGUGCUCCAAAGAUAGCUUGCUCAUCCAACAAAGAUUGUCACUUGAAGGCUACAUGCCGUGACAUGGAGCUAGACAAGUACCACUGUAUCUGUAAUAUGGGCUAUAAAGGUGAUGGUACUCACUGUGAACUGGUUAAUCCUUGUGUUGAGAAUAAUGGAGGCUGUCACCCUAAGGCUCUUUGUACUCCAGUCAUGUUUGGUGUCAGAAAUUGUUCAUGCCCUUCUUCGCUGGAUGGUGAUGGAUUUAACUGCUAUGGAACAAUCUAUGAUCAAGUCAAGGCCCAUCCAAAUCUAACUUAUAUAGCCAGGUAUUUGGAGACGAACAAAUUUCUUGUGAUUUACAAAGACAAGACUGAAAAGCUGACUUUGUUUGCUCCUUCUGAUGAGGCUCUGGACAAUUAUUUGUCAAAGUUGGAUCCAUCUCAACUGUCUUUUCUUGACAAUGAUAUACAUAGUUUCAAUAUGUUUAGGUUUCACACACUGGCAGAACAAUACAGUUCUCAGCAGAUCAAAUCUUUGACUACUGUUUACAAGACUUUUGCUACCAUGUACGAUGGAUUUUCUCUUAGGAUGGUCUAUGACAAUCAGAGCCUUCACAUAUUUGCCAACCAUUCCAGCUUUGCUGUGAUACUUGAAGGAGACAUUCCAGCAGUGAAUGGAUUUAUUCAUAUUGUAGACAAGGUGUUGGAACCAUUUAUUCCUGACAAUUCACCUCCAGCGUUAGAGAGUGCUUUAGCUUCACAACCAGACUUACAGCUUUUUUAUCAGGCUUUAAAAGCUUCAGAUCUGAUGGACAUGUUACAAGACUGGGAUGAGUUUACUGUUUUUGCACCAGUCAAUUCUGCCAUGAAGACUAUGAACACUUCCAAUAUGUCACAACACCUCAAGUACUACAUCGUAGCUAGGAAUGUGUUCACUCCAACUCUGGAGACUGGGGACACUGUUGAGAGUUCUUUGGGAAGCAAGCAUCCCCUUGAGUUUACUGUCAUUAACGGCAAUGUUCUAGUGAAUAAUGUGAAAAUCAUUCGAUCUGACAUUUUGUUUGAUGGAGGUGUUUUGCACAUUAUAGAAGAUCUGAUUCAUCCAGUCCUCCACUACUGUAACAACGUCUCUCUCAUCAUUGCCAAUAGUUCCUGUGCGUCAUGUGACAUAUCAGACAUUGCUGGCCUAUGUCCUGUUGGCUUUGUACCUGUUAUGCCAAUUUUCAAAAUGUCCUGUUCCCUCGACCAAUCAGUGAAGGGAUGCCAGAUUUUGUGUGAAAAAAAGGAAACAAUUUUGCAGUGUUGUGAUGGCUACUAUGGAGCCAGUUGUGAUGCGUGUCCUGGAGGUCCUGAGACACCUUGCAAUGGGCAUGGUGUGUGCUCUGAUGGUAGUACUGGAGAUGGACACUGCAGCUGUGAUAUUGGCUAUGUUGGUCAGAACUGUGGUCAGUGUUUGCAAGCCAAUAUGACACCACCAUUUUGUACCGAUUCCAUGGGCAUAGCUAACUGUAGCUAUAUGAAUGGUAACUGCAGCCAGAAUGCUGAGUGUACUAUCACCAAGUCUGAUCCUAGUUGUCGAUGCCGUCCAGGCUACAUUGGUGAUGGCUAUAAGUGUAGCUCUCCCUGUGACACCCCACUGGCUGGCAAAUGUCAUCAACAAGCACAAUGUGUCUUUAAUGACUCUGUGGGAGCCAUGAGUUGUGUUUGCAACACAGGUUACUAUGGUAAUGGAACUUGGUGUACAAGAUCAUGUCUGAUCAACAAUGGGGGAUGUGAUAGAGACCGAGCUAAAUGUACUGACUCUGACAUCACAGGCGGUCAUGUCUGUACUUGUAAUGAUGGGUAUGUGGGCAAUGGAACAAUAUGUAAUAAAGAUAUAAUAGAUGCUGUUACCAGAAUACCUGUACUAAGUAAUUUCAAUAACUGGCUAAAUAAUAAGGUUAAGUCUAAUAAUGGCAAAGAAAGAUUAUCAAAAAUGCAAAAUGUGACAUUGUUUGCUCCAGUUAGUAAGAACUGGGAUAGGCUGGAACUACUUGACCUUGUAAUAAUUGGUCAGUACAUAAGACUGUCAUCAGAUAAGACCAAAGACAGCAAUGUGGUCAACAAGGAUGACUCAUUUAAGUCAGAAAGUGGUAAAUUUAUCAACAUCACUGUACAAGAAAAUGGGCAGAUAUUUGUCAAUGAAAUUGCAGUAGUUGAAAGUAACAUAGAAACUACCAACGGAAUAAUUCAUUUAACAGCAGAAUCUAUUUCAGAAUAUGUGGAUGUAAGAGCAGAAACAAGUAGAACAAAGGACAAAUCAAAGUCUAUCAUCAUUAUAGUAACUGUAGCUGCUGUUGUCAUUGUGGCCUUAGUAGUUAUUGUGGCAUAUGUCAUACACAGAAAGAAAUAUGAAACAAUUCUUCAAAUAUUCAAAAAGUCAGAUGGUGUGGGCUCAGAAAGUAACUUAUCUUUUGCUCGACUUUCUGCCCAAGAGGAAGACAGUGAUUCUUUCAAAGAUGCAGAUGCUUCAAAGUAUGAUAACCCUGUUUACACUGAUGCUGAUGUGAUUUAAUGCCUUUUUUUUUUCAUUUCACCAUUUUAUCUUUCUUUCAUGUUGUGGUUUUAUACUAUUUUUGCUUCAAAUAUUAAUGAAAUGAGCGACACAAUAUCAUGUCAUAAAGUCAUUCACUUGAAGCUCUAGUUUAAGAAAAUGCUGUCACAUUCUCAGCCAUACUUUUUUUAUAUUGAUUUCUGGAAUUAUUUUUCUGAUUCCAUCUGUUCUUGUUGUUUCUAAUUUUAUGUAAGGUAGGUUUAAAGAAAAAAUCUGUUUACUUUAUUAUUAAUAAAUAAUGCCAGCUUCACUCAUCACUGUUCAUGCUUCAUUCUUGUAUGGAUAAAUUUUAAUCUCUUCAAGAGAUUAUCAAGAGAAUCUCUUAGAGUUUGGUAUAUGGUACAAGUAAACUCAUUUGGUCAUUCUGCUAGUCUGUAGUUUUGACAUAAGAUGCAGGUAUUUGUUACUGCUGAGCAAUUAUAGUUUAGACUCGGAGACAAAUUUUUUUCUGAUAAAGUUUUAUCUUAAGAUUACCAUAAAUUAAAUAUUGAAGUAACAGGUGGAUUGGUUAGACCUGUCCAUGAUGCAUAAUAAUGAUUUAAAUUGGGUCAUGGGGGUAUGGAAAGUUUGAAUUGUGACAUCUACAUUGCAAAUUACAAGAUAGUUUUUUUGAUAUUUUGGGUUUUGGCACAUCAACACAAUUUAGGCGUAAUGAAGUGACCCAUAGAAACCAUAAUGUAAAAAUAAGUAUCAUUGAGUAGACUUGACUGUUUCAUGUCUAGUUUGUGAUCUCAAGUGGUAUCAGAACCUUGACCUUAGCUUUAAAUGUAAAGGCUCAUCCAUCUAGAUGCUUUAAAAUGAUGUGUACAUUUAUCUGUAUUAAUCAUUAAUGCUUUAUCAUUUAUAAUUCUUGUUUCACUUUCAUGAAUGUAUAGAACCCUCUAGUAGGUUACUCUAGGUGGGUAUCUAUAUAUGUUUCAUAUAUGUUUUCAAAUGUAUGAAUACGCUGCUAGGGAAGUGAAUGUCAGGAAUAAAAGGCUCAGAGAAUAUUGUAUUUUGCUGUGCUCAGUUGAGAAAGUGUUUAACUACUUCUUAUUUUUAAAAUACGUUAUGCAAAUAUUUUUGAAUGCCUUAGCCUCACCUAUGUUUCAAAAUAAUGAUCAUGUCAAUAAACUGUUUUGUUCAAACUUU